AACUAAUCGAAGAGGAAGACUCAGAAUCUCAGUUGAAACACGACAAGUUGGAAAUUCUACAUGCUCGGAGCUUCACAGGAUUGUUGCAUUUGUUGCAACAAAAACUCAAAUAUCUCUCCACACAGAAAACGCAACAAUCCGUGCGCCGAGAAGGGGCUCGCAAGAGCCUGCAGGAUUUUUCACUACCUCAACGGUGCCAAAGGUGGCAGUUUUGGCCAUGUUCAUGGGGGAGGGGAGGUGUCGGCGCAGGCAUGGCGUCCCUGGGGAAGCAUUAGCAAGGCCCUCCUCCUUCUUCUCCUCCGCAUUCAAAGCAGGAGGGUGAUUCUUGCAUCCGAAAGGGCGUUCACUAGGGAAGGCCAAGCACAGCAUCACUGCGGCUCGCAGCAUCAUCAUCCUCAUCUUGUUGUUGUUGUUUUUGUGAUGUUUCGUCACCAUGUAAUGUGCCUCUUUGGGUUGCAGCGAGUUGGGUCUAGCGCUGGAAAGCCAUUGUGCACUUGGGGUUGACAUCUUGCGAGGCUGAGGACCCUGAUUCCUAGAGUCCAGAGCUGGUUCCAAGACGAGGGAUGGCUUUGUGGACAAUGAGGGCGCAGUCUUACGAUGUGCAUCAUGUGAGAUACGUGCAGCUAUUGUUGCGGUUAGCCGAGCUGUACGUUGCAGGGAGUUGCUCUUUUUGCAUGGGGUGUAGAGUUAGGCGGGUGUAUUAGCCCUCUUCCCCCCUCCUCCCCCUCAGGCUGAUGAUGUAGAGAAAACUCUUGGAUUCAAUUAGCACUUGGAGGCAGCCGGUGCAGGUGGGAGUGUGGAGUUAAAAGAAGCUUAGGAGUGCUAGGGUGCAGUGUGAUGUGUAGUUCAUAAAACCUUUCUGGGGCGUUUGAGUGCUCAUUUCACUAACGUCAUUUUUGUAGACUCACCAGCCGUCACUCAAUGUUUUCUUGAGGUGAAAAUCGCCUACUCGACAAGGCAUGGUGUGUUACUAUCCAACCACAACAAAGUCAGGAUCCUUUCCCUUGCACUGUGCGGUGGUGUCUUCGAGUGCACUCAUUCUAUUGGACCGAUAUAGAAGAAGAGCAUCCUCGUUUCCGGCUGUUUCCAGGAAAUGAGAGCACAGUUUAUUUUUUCUUUAUUUAUUCUUUGGUUCUGUUGGAAUUAGAGCGAAGUCUGAUGUCAGGUCACGAGAAUCGAAACACUCUGCACUACCAAUAGAUGCAGGAUUGUUACUGUAGCCAGAUGGUUCUCCCGCGUCUGGACUCCGCAUUCAAUUUGUACUAAGGCAUCUGUAGCUUUAGGCACUUAAGUUGCGUACACAAUGCGAAAUCAUGGAUGGGAGCUGCCGUAUCAUCCUCUCCAGACCGUGGCAGUAGCAGUCUUUUCAGGACUCUCCCUUUCCUUCUACGUAUUUUUCAUUCCUUUCGUUGGAAGCAGUGUAAUGAAGUUUCACGUAUACGCGGCCUUCUCGCCGGUGGUCUUAGCAGUCUUUAUUCUGUAUGUGAGAUGCGCUGGUUGUGAUCCAGCUGAUCCAGGAGUGCACCUGUCAAAACAAGCUGCGAAGGCCAACCAUCGGACAGCGCUGAUGGCUAUCAAAUUAUCGCAAUCAAAUGUUGAAACUUGCUUAGAACAUUCACACGAUGAGUCUGAAACAAAUACAUCACCCUAUAAAACUUUGACGAUUGAAGCUUCGGGUCAAAAAGUAUGUGCUCGUUGGCUUUGUGUACCGUUGGCCUGCUGUAAAAGGGACGAUCCGGCAAAGCUGAAUGUGGGAGAACAGUUGCUAUAUUGCAGCAUAUGUGAAGCUAAGAUAUCAAAGAACAGCAAGCACUGCAGGGCUUGUGACAAGUUCAGUCAAGUGGAUUCGUUGUGCGUUUAUGAGUUCGACCACCACUGCCGGUGGCUCAAUAAUUGCGUAGGGAGGAGGAACUACAGGACGGUCGUGAGCCUCAUGGUGGCUUGUCUAUUGCUGCUAGUAAUCGUGUGGACCACUAGAAUUGGUGUUCUUGUUCGCUGCUUUGCACAGAAGACAAGUUUUAAUAAGGAGAUAAUUCGCAGACUCGGAAGUAGCUUCUCUCGGGUGUCUUACAUAAUUGUUGUGGUGUUGCUCUCCGUCCUGGCCAUGUUAGGAACGAUCCCCUUGGGUCAGUUAUUCUUCUUCCACCUCAUUCUGAUACAUAAGGGUAUUACAACGUAUGAUUACAUUCUGGCAGUAAGAGAACAAGGCAUAGAACAGGAGAUCGCAGAGGGUGAUGGAUUUAACAGUUUAACUUCAUCACCUGCAAGUUCCAACGCCACAGGAAUUAGUGGAUACAGCUCAAGUGGGGCUCUGGCUCUGCACAAGGGUGUCUUUUGUAUAACACCUCGCAUGUUUGUUGAACAUCAGCAGAUGGUUUUGCCCGUCGGCGAGGACAUGAAGUCUUCUGGUGCAAAAAUCGCAGUGAAUCGCACCGGAAAGUCAGCUCCGCGGUUUAAUAGAAAGAAGUCGGUUGGGAUUAACCCUUGGAAACUGGCACGAAUGAAUGAGGAAGCUGCUAAGGCUGCAGCUCAAGCCAGGGAAAAUUCGACUAUCACACGGCCCAUCAUACACUCGAAGGAUUCUUCCCAAGUUACAGAGACAGAAGACAGCAAUCUUGAGGGUUCUCGUAAUGUGAGCGGCGAGAUCACCGUUGCCGGAAACAACCGGAACCGCAGAAAGCACCAUGAUUUGGCUCAUCUCACAGGGAAAGAGAGGUGGUUGUUGAUGAAAGACCAGCGUAACAAGAAUGUGAUUUUACACAGUAAACCAGGGAUUCUCGCAGCAACCAACACAUCCAUUGGCAGCCCUCAAUCCUCGAUAUUCCCUCUGCCGUUGGAGGCACGCAAUGGCUUCCGGUGUAGUCCCAGCAGAUUCAAGCCUCGAACAAGCUCAACCCCAAGAAGCUAUGGUUCCCGAGGAUCUAGAAGUUCUGGAAGAGACAGCACUGGAGGUGAGUUCGAUGUGUUUAUUCUUUUCAUUCAAGUCUGUGAUUCAACACUAAACUUGUUUCGCAUAAAUGAUAAUUGUUGAAUUUCUCUGAACAGA